AUGCAGUUCGCCAAGUCUAUCCUGCUGCUGGCAGCCCUCACCACCGGCUCCAUCGCUCGCCCCGAGGGCCACCAGCGCCGUCAGUACACUACUCCCACCACCACCAGCGCCACCUCGUCCGGUGGUGCCUGGACCGACAUUCCUUCCAGCUAUUCGACCUCCGGCUUCGGCGGCGUGACCAGCAACACCGGUAGUGGCGUCACCUACGCCGGCAACGUGGGCAACCCCUACGGCAGCAACAUCAUUGAGGUUUCCUCCGCAGACGCGAGCCAGUACAAGUACGUCGUGCAGUUCCAGGGCUCGAACACCGAGGACUGGACCGUCGCCAUCUGGAACAAGUAUGGUUCCGACGGCACCAUGGACGGCUGGUAUGGUAACGCCUGCCGCACCUUCACCCUCGCCGCCGGCGCCACCACGUACAUCGCCUUUGACGAGGACUCCCAAGGUGGCUGGGCCGCCAGCCCUGGCAGCACUAUCCCCACCGACUCCAACGGUGGCUAUGCCGCCACCUGGGGCGAGUUUGACUUCGGCUCGACCACCAACAGCGAAUGGUCUGGCUUUGAUGUCUCCGCCAUCGCGGCUCAGAACGCUGGCCUCACUGUCCAGGGCAUGCAGAUCUGCGACGCCAUCGGCGGCACCUGCUCGUCCAUCACCCCUAAUGCUGCUACUGUCAGCAACGCCUACACCACGGCCGAGACUGAUGUCGGCGGUAUCGGUGGUAACCUCGCUGCGGGCCCUGUCCGUCUGGCUGUCAUCAUUGACUUCUCUUAA